GUUUUAAAUUUGAAGUCACCUGAAUAAAAGCACAGAGCACUACUUUAUUGAUUCUCGACAUUUGUUUUAAUUAGAUUAGUGAUCAAAUCAAGAUGCGCGUCUUAAUUAUUGCUUGUCUGGCUGUAGUGGCCUUGACCCAGUCCCAAACUUGGCUGGACAGAUUCAGGGAGUGGUUCAAUGUCAACAAAGAAGAUUUCACCAUCGACUUCGUUCACAACUACAGGUUUGAGGAGCACUCCACCACAGGCCACCAUCUUCUUGUUGCAAUCAGUGACGUAACUGGUGAUCGAUCAUGCCAUCUUAUCGAAGUGACCCCAGACUGGGCCCCCGACCUUGGUGACGACACCAAGAUGCACAUCAUUACCGAUGAGAUCUACAAGCUGAUCACCACCCACACACUCUCAGAGACCACCCUCACAUACACCGACCUGAGGAACGUCUACGGGGACUCAGAUGCCUUGAGGGAGUGUGUCCAACACAGGGUCUACAUCGUCACCUACAAACCAAGUUACCUGACUUCAGGUUAAACACCUUCAUCCAGGUAGAGCGCUAGCCUCAACACCAAACUGAAUCAACAAGUCUUAGGAAAUAGGAUGUAGGCGUUAGACUAAAAUGCAUUUUAAUGUCAACCAGAAUGCGAAGCAAAUUUUUUUUGUUCGAUGUAUUGCGUGUAACCUAAAGAUAAAUAAACAACAAUCAUGCAACUGAAAAUUAAAAACGCUACAAUUUA